UGCCUCAUCCUCGUACCUUUACACUAGACACUUCCGAGUAUAAGUCCACUAUCAAACACAAUAGAAAUAAUGAUUCGGUUUUACACAGUUCUACAUCUCUUGAUUCAGCCGUAGAAUCUGUAGUAGUACCUAAUGGAGAAAUAAUUAUACCUUCAUAUGACAAUGAACGUUUCAAUAAAAAAUUUAAAUCAGAAGUUUCGGUUCGUCAUGGUCACACUGAAGAGAUCUUAGUUGAUCCAUGCAUUGUUGAAGGUACUAUUCUUACGAAAGUUACGGCAAAAAAGAAACAAUUGCGGAAAUUUAGAAUUGAUGUUGAACUGUGUCGCAUUUUAUGGGAUUCAAAAAAAUCUGGAAAAGUGAACAUUGAAAAUAUAAAGGAAAUUCGAACUGGUGAAGCAAUUCGUAAUUAUCGGGAGCAUUUCAAGAUGAGUUGUGAUCAUGAACCUCGAUGGUUUACAAUAGUUUAUGUUGAGGCUGGAAAAUAUAAAAUUCUUCAUCUUGUUGCCGAUACUUGUGAAUUAUUCAAUAAAUGGGUGGAUCAUUUGGAAAGAUUAUAUCUACAUAGAAGAGAAAUGAUGCGAGGAUUAGGAAGUUUUGAAGAAAAACAGUCUAUUUGGCUGAAGCAAUAUUGGAAACAAGCUGACAAGGACGGAAACUCAAGAUUAAAAUUUGAGGAAGUUGCUAGAUUAUGUCAUCAAUUGAACAUAAAUAUGUCAAAGACAUUAUUAAAGGAAAAAUUUCAAGAGGCUGAUAAACAUAACCAUGAAUAUCUCAAUUUUGUUGACUUUCAACAAUUUGUAAGGAUAAUCAAGAAGCGACAAGAAUUAGUUGAACUUUUUGAUCAGUUAAAAACUCAAAAAAAUAGAAAUACCCUGACACCGCAAGAAUUCAAAAAUUUUCUGUUGGAUAAACAAAAAUGCAAUCUGAAGGAAGAAGAUUACGAUAGUCUUUAUUACAAAUUCUGCAAUAAAGACCGUAAGGAAAUGAUGAAUCUUGAAGGCUUUAGUAGCUUUUUGAUGUCUGGCGACAAUUCUGUUUUUGCUUUAGAACACACCAAAGUCAACCAAGACAUGUCGCGUCCUUUGAAUCAUUAUUUCAUCGAUUCUUCUCAUAAUACUUACCUUCUCGGUCACCAGUUGACAGGGGAGUCUUCUAUAGAAGGUUAUAUACGUGUUUUGCAACGUGGCUGUCGGUGUGUUGAAAUUGAUUGUUGGGAUGGACCUGAUGAACCUAUAGUUACGCAUGGUCAUACAUUGACAUCGAAAAUUUUAUUUAAGGAUGUUAUUUCUGCUAUUCGCACAUAUGCGUUUCAUGCUAGUCCUUAUCCAUUGAUUUUGUCACUUGAAGUUCAUUGUUCUAUUGAGCAGCAAAACAUGAUGGCAAAAAUUUUAACUGUUACUUUAGGAGAGUAUCUUGUCACCAGUUUCUUAAACACUGAACCUGAAUUGCCCAGUCCUAAAAGUUUAAUGAAAAAAAUUCUAUUAAAAUUACAAACUAAUAAGGGGAAAUCAAGGGUUUCCAAAGCUCUCUCUGACUUAGUAAUUUAUUGUUCGGCUGUCAAAUUCAAAGGAUUUGAUUAUCAUCGCGAGAAAUCUAUGUAUUACCAUAUGUCUUCAUUUUCCGAGCGAGUUUCAAAUCGACUUUGCAAAACAGAAAAGCAAUCUUUUAUUCAACAUAAUUCACGACAUUUGUCGCGUAUUUACCCAGCAGGAUUUCGUAUAAGUUCAUCAAAUUAUGAGCCACAUCUUCAUUGGAUGGUUGGAAGUCAAAUGGUAGCUUUGAAUUAUCAGACAUUUGGUAUGCAAAUAAACCAAGCCAUGUUCGCUGUUAAUGGAAGAUGUGGAUAUGUUCUUAAACCUGAACGUAUGCGUUGUAUCGAACCUAAUAUUUCUGUUUCCCCAACAAAAUCAACACAAACUCUGAACAUUACGGUUAUAUCUGCUCAACAACUUCCUAGACCUAAAGAUGUGGUCAAGGGGGAAAUUAUCGAUCCAUUUGUUGAAAUAGAAUUAUUGGUUCCAGGCGCAGAUGUCGUUAAAAAAAAGACGUCUAUAAUAGAUGAUAACGGGUUUAACCCAUUUUGGAACGAUACAUUGACGUUUACCAUUGAUUUUGAAUAUUUGGAACUUGUGUUCUUACG